AUGUCUGACAUUACUCACCAGACGCCGAGCACGCCCAUUAUGACUCGUAUACCCACUCACCUUUCUUCCAACCACCAUCUUGUUCCUCAAAUGCCACAAAACGACUCCCAUCUCUCCUCCGGCUUCGACACCCUCCCGGUCGAGCUCCAGGGCCUCAUCUUCGAGCAAUACCUACCGGACUUCACACCCAUCACUCCAUCGCGCAAGGUCGACAGUCCAAUCACACUCUCACUCGUUUGCCGCGAGUGGCACCAUAUCGCGCUGGCUACACCAAGCCUUUGGUCGGGGAUGCACAUCGUUGUGCAGGACGGUGGCUCUAAUACAACGCAGGCGCGGAGAAUCUGUAACCAACUGGAACGAUGGCUUGCUCUCUCAAAGUCGCACCCCCUAUUCGUCCGCCUCGAAUACAACUACAAUCGCAGGGGAUCUCGGGUCUCUGAGUGCAGCCGCAUCUAUCCUGAAGCCCUCGGUUCGCGCAUAGUGUCGAUGCUCAGGGCACACGUUGGCCGCUGGCAGAACGUGGUCUUCCAGUGCCCGAGCACGCUCCUGCGGUCUCUAGUCGACGUCGAUGGGAGCGCGUACGCCCAGCUGCGCGGCUUCACCCUCGACGUCACGAACACGCCCAGCACGGCGUGCGCGGUGGACUUCCGGAACCUCCAUCUACCGCUAUCGGCCCUGACGCAGCUGCACCUGGUCGCAGACUACAACCGCCUGCUAUCGCUCUCGGAUUGCCGCGACCUCCUCGCGCGCUGCCCGCGGCUGCGCCGGUGCUCGCUCAAUGCGGAGUUUGGCGAAAGGGACAGCGCCGGCGAAGGUUUGCAGGCUAGCGGUGAUGGUUUGCAGGCAAAUGGCGAGCACCCACACUCCACCUGCGCCCUCGAGCAGCUCUCCAUCCAGCUCCGUCCUAGGACCGGCACUGAUGUCACCCAUGUUCCCCAAGCCCUCGCCUCAUUCCUCGACGCACUGUCCCUCACCAGCCUCACCUCCCUCACCUUGGAGUGGAUGGGAAACGUCGCCCCGUCCUGCGCCGGCGGCGCGUCCCACCUCGCCAAGACCCUCGCACGAUGUGCGAAGUUGGAGAACCUCGGCCUUCGGUAUAUCCCGCUCGGCACGAAGGAUCUCCUAGCGUGUCUGCGAGGUCUCAGCGGCCUCACGAAGUUGGCUUUGGCGUAUACGAUGAGCGGGCACAACCCACAAUCUGCGUCUCCAGUCGAUAGGGAGUUUCUUUCAGCUCUCGAGUGCGGUACACAGAGCCGUUCGACGCCGCAAUCGGCUGCAUUGUCUCAAUCAGCCGUGUCGCCUCAAUUAGCCGCAUCCCCCCAAGCGCCCUUGCUACCCCACCUACUCACCUUGCGCCUCGUCGCGCAUUGCGCGGACAUAUCCGAGGAAGACGUGCUGGCAUUCCUGGGCCCGCGCGUGGCAGGUCAACCAGGCGUGGACAAACUACGCAGCUUCAAGUUUUUAUGGGGAAAGAGGGUGUCGCCAGAUUUGACGAGGUCGCUGGUGGAUCUGCGGCGCCCCUUUCCUGGCGUGGAGUUGGAUGUGGACAGUUUCGGGUAUGACAGGGAAUAUUAG